AUGCUCGACUGUCUUAUGUGCUCCAAGACCCUCCACGUCCUCAUCUUGCUCCUCCUCUGCCCUACCUUGCAGUCAGGGUCAGAGCGAGCGACGAGCUCUGCUACGGACAUGCUGCUGAGGUUCACGAGGUUGAGGGGUUGUGUGCUCACCUGUCGAGGAGGAAGUGACUGGGAUACCUCCGAGGAUUCUAGAGAAUCCAUUCAUGGCGAUCGGGGGUGGAAGGUUUCGCGGCUAAUGGAGAUGGGAGCAAACAGGGAGCAGGCAGAGCUCCUCUCUUGGUCCCCUGCCACUGACGCAGCUCCUGCUAGCGGGCUGUCGACCAAGAUCCACAAGGGGACGUGGAGGACGCUGUCAGGCAUGCCUGACUCUCCUCCAGCGGCCUCUGAGCCAGCCCGCAGGUGGAUCAUCAACAACCUCGAGGAGGAGGAGGAGGAGGGGGAUGGAGGAGGAGCGCGACCUACCAGCAUCAUGCAGAACUACAACAUCGAGCGGGGGCGGCGGACACGUGCGACCUGUGAAGCAUGUAGCAGAUUCGAGUCUCUGGUGAAAAGUUUCCGUGGGAAACCUUUCCGCAACGUGGGGAGGAAGAAGAGGGUCGAGAAGAAUUUCCAGCUGCCGAUCAUGACGCACAUUGCGAGCAUGAAUGCUACUUGCGUGUUUAUCAAGAAGAUUCGCAACUUGCGAUCAAACUGUCAAUUCACUCUGAGUCCUGUUGGAGAUCUGUGCCGGAUCAGCGACGGCUCCCUCAUCGUCGGGUUCGUCGAAGGAAACGCCGCGCGCGUCAUCUGCCAACUCAUCGCAUGUCAUGAGCACACCAGGUACUAUCAAGCCAAGAUGCUCACUCACGAGCGCAUCCAAGACGACCAGCACCCUCAGGCACCAGCACAAGAGGAGGACGGGGAGGACGAGGAGACGACAGAUGCCUGGACUUGCGAGGUCCGGAUCGCCGGGCACUCUAGCGUAAGGAGCAGGUCACUGAAGAUCCUCCGGCAGUCAACCGUCUCCUUCUCCACCCUCCCCCCCCUCCAAGUGCCCUCGGGCCCCUCCGGCACGUCAGUCGUCAUCAACCGAACGUCGGCGGCGCUGCUGAACUCCCAGGAGGCACUUGAGAGUGUCAUCGACGACCUUGAGAACGUCACCAGCUCCGUUGACGUGUCGCUGGUCGAUAUGGCGGCUCUGCACGCGCUCGGGGUUCGCUCCUCCCUGUAUGACCACCAGCUGCGAGGGGUCAACUGGAUGCUGAGCAGGGAGUGUCGGCAGGGAGAGGGAGGUGAUGAAGGUAACAACUCGAGCAUGGAGGGAAGUGCGGCACGGGAGGAGGGCGACAGAGAGGGAGAAUGUCCUGAGGGGAUGCUUAAUGGAAAUGACGGUGGGGAUGGGGGAGAGUGCGGGAGAAGGUCGGAUGAGGAGGAGGGGAAGGCGAACAAGGAGACUUGGAGGAAACUCUUGAGAGAUGAUGUCGAAGACGGCAAGAGCAAACACAAUCGCAAGGAAGUCAUCUCCUCCAACAACCACUCCAAGAUUGACGAACUGGUUCAUUCCGCCCUCUGGAAGAAAAUCACCGAGGACGACGGGACGUGUUACUACGACAGUGUCAUAGCAAAUAUCCGCCGGCCUUCAAGGCCCCACCCUGUCUACGGGGGGAUCCUGGCGGACGACAUGGGGUUGGGUGAGUACCUGGUGAAGUCAAGAUGCCUUGUAGCAACAUGA